AUGCAUCUCAAGAGCAUUCUUCUCGCCUCCGUCGUCGGUCUUGCCGCCGCUGUCAACCCUGGUGGGACUUACACAACGAAGUCCUGCGUUACCACGUUGGGCACGAAAAGCGUGCGGCCGGUUCCCACUGCCACCUCAACACACAAGAAGACGUACACAGUCCGCCGUACCACAACUAUCCAGAACACGGUUACGAUCAAGCCCCGCGAUGCUACAGAUACCGUCACGAGCACCACCGUCGUGACCGUCGAAGAGGCAGGACCGACCGCUACGGAUACUGUUGAAGUGGUGGCUACCGAGUAUUCGACUUCGACCGUUACCGCCGACACCACCACUUUCACUGAAACAAGUUCCACCUCCACCUCCACCACCUCCACAUCCACGUAUACCGCGCCAACACCUGCUGGGUAUAUCCCGAUCCAGAGCAGCCUACCAGGCAAUUCGAUGAAGGGACUCGCCGGGAUUCCCUCAGGUUCCACGGUUGUCACCAAGCGCGACGAGGCCGCAUCGCCUGGGUUCACGGAAGGAAAGCCAUGCUCUGGGCCCUUGGCGGCACGACAAAUUCCCAAGAACGGCGUGUGCCCUCUUCCAGGAGACAAGAAGGGACAGUACCAGCAGAAGUACGCUCAGAAGGUGCAGUGCGAUGUCACCACCUAUUUUCCCACGACUCUGGUCGUGACCAGGACGAAGCCAGCUCUUACCACUACCCUCUCUACCUCUACCAAAUUGGUCACCGCAAUGACUACAUUGACGAGCACCAACACCGUGUACCCUCCUGACGUCACGGUUCAAACUACAUCCACCUCUACCUCUGUCAUCGAAGAAACCGAGACGCCCAGCACCACCGUCACGAUCACCUCUACUACGACCAACACUGUGACUGCUACCGCUACUAACUAUGCCAUUUGCGACGACAGCGCCAACUACGCCGACAGCCAGAAUAACGAUUACGGUCUCACGUUCCCUCAAAUCGUCACUCUCCGCAACGUGGUGUACGCCGCUGCCACAAGCGCCUGGCAAUGCUGCAAUAAUGUGUCGCGGAUUCCACCUGUGUCACUCCUAUUUACGCCGGUGGUUCAACCUGCUAUCUUUACAGAGUUGCUGACGGAACCUGCCCUGUGGGCAGCCCUUGCUCUGGCACCCUUCGAUAUGUCCCGGGCUCUGCUUCAGCUCUUGCAACAUAUAUGA